AACAAUUUUUAAUUAAAAAAGUAUUUUCCAAAAUUUUGAUUAGCUUGUCGUUUAGCUAAAAACGUUAUAAGCACAACCUACGAUUAAAUUGUAACAUAUAUAACACAUACACGGAAACAUUUCAAAGUCUAUCCUUCUGUACUUGUGACUAUCUUUCUCUGCACUCCUGUAUUCAUACUAUUUGCAAUUAAUGUCUCUACUAACAUCAACCAACAACAAUAACAACAAAUAGUGUGUGACUCUUGAAGAUAUUUUUACUUAUAUCUUUAUAUUCUAUCCGCACUUGUGAGUUGAAAUUUUGUGACUGCACUAUAUAACAACUCUUCACACAACGAAAUUUAUUUAUACAAAACCAAAAAUACUAAACCUAUACUACAAAAAUUUUAAAUAUCUUUUCCUGCUUAAGUUAAGGAUUACAACAGCUUGAUGAAAAUUUCGAUAUUCUGAGGCUUAAACAUCAAUUCAGAACUUUUCACAUAAUAUCUUCUUGAUAAAGGUUUAAUUGCAAAACUUUCCUGACAGAGUGUACAACGUUUUGCAUAGCGCUUUAAACCAACCACUCCUGCGAUUACUUCUCCAUCUACAUCUCCUCGAUUGCGAACGCAACAUUCUCAAACAGCAAACAUCAUUUUAAGCAACCUUCAAUUGUAGACAACUAAAAGAAGUAGACGAAUAACCGCAGCAAGAACCGUUAAGCAAAAUGGCUGCAUUUAUAGCGAAACAAAUGGUUGGCAAUCAGCUAAGCGCCGUUAAAGGUGCUGCAGGCGGUGGUGAUGGCGGUGAUGGCGAGGAUGAUAAGGAAAAGGCAGAAGAGGAGGAGAGAGAGCGUCAGGAGGCCAUUCGUGAGGCUGAAGAACGACGCAAGGAGAAGCAUCGUCGUAUGGAAGAAGAACGUGAAAAGAUGAGACAAGAUAUACGUGAUAAGUACAACAUUAAGAAAAAGGAAGAGGUAGUUGAAAUGGCGCCGCAAGAGGAACCGAAUCCUUUAAUGCGGCGUAAGAAAACACCAGAAGAAUUAGCUGCCGAGGCUGAGCAAGAAGAGCUGGAUGAUUUUACAAAACUGAAAAAUCAAAUAGAAACGCAAGUAAAUGAGCUAAAAACUCAAAUAGAGGGAAAAUGUGUCAUGCAGUGAUAUGUCAUCAUACGAAAAGAUUACUCUCACAUUUAUAUAUAAAAAACAAAACAAAAAAAAAGAGGAAAGAAAAAUAUAUAUA